AGCCUGGGCAACAGGAGCGAAACUCCGUCUCAAAAUAAAAAACAAAAAACAAACACUAUAAGCUUUUUGAAAAAUCAAGUAAAUUCAUUCCAGUGUUUUUCCUGCAAUGAAAAAGAAUGCAUCACUUUUCUAAGGUUUUAAUAAUCAUAAUAGCUGCCAGUUAUUCAGGACCUUCUAUGUACCUGGCAAAGUGUUAGGAACAUUUGAUCCAUUUUCUCUUAUGUGCUAAGCAGUCCUACUAGCUGCUUCAUCCUGGAAAUACAGAUGGGAGCUUGAAGUCAAGGACUACAACUGUGUGUUUAACAUCUCUCUUGACUCUCAGUAACCUCCAGUUCAGCACAUCCAAAAUGAAACACAUGUCUCUUCUGCCAGUAUGUUUUGCCCCACCCCUGUAACACUCCCACUGCCGGAAAAAUCACACAAACAAAAACCUCACACACAACCAUUGUGCCUUUCCUCUCUCAGGGGGUGCCAGAAACCAUCUGGUUCAUGCCAGAAACCUGGGAGUCAACCUUGCCCUCUUCUCUGCUUGCCCUCCCAUAAAUCUGCCACCACAAAUCCUGUCAACUGUUGUUACAUCUUUCCUUCCCAUUUUUUCUGGCCCCAUUGCAUCCAUUCUAUUCCAUUUCAUUGUUUUCCUGCCUUUUCUGUUGUUGGAGCCUCCUAACUGGCCUGUGUCUCUGAGCUGGCCUUCCUGCCCCUCUUCCACUGGUCCAUUUAAUCUGCAAUCUGAGUGAAUGUUUUUUCUAAUAUGCAAACAUGAUGAUACUGCGUUCUUGGUUAAAAUGCUUCAGCAGCCUGUUACAUUCUUUCAAUUUCUUGAACUGAAUGUAAUUUCUUUAGCUCUUAAAUAUGCAAUUUCCUCUUCCAUGAUUACUGUUUUCCUCCUCUUUGUCUUCAAGUUUCAUUCAUCCUUCAGGCUUCAGCUUAAAUAGCCUACAUUUGUUGAGGUUUAUGGUUAUCUCUGCAUGGGAUGUCCAUGAUGGCAGGGACUAUGAGACAUUUGUUCAGAUCAUAACAUCUGACUCAGUUGGUGCUCAGUGUCUACCUGUUGAAUGUAGUAUAGGGAAGGAAAAACAUUUUUUUCUCUACCUUCUUAGGUUCAGUAGCUGGGCCCUGCAAAAUAAACUGAUGAAAGAUACAUUAACAGGAAAAAAGGUUUAUGCAUAAAUGUAAAGUAGUUAGACCAGGGGGCUCACAUGCCAUUUUAACAAAGAGUGAUAAAUUGUAGAGAAGUAACUAGACAAAAGUAGGGGAAUUCUUCUUGGGUAAAUUGUAGGAAGGUGAAGAUAUGGGAGAAGCUAACAGAAGAUAUGGGUUAUUCAGUAAGGUUUGUUAUGUGGACUCAAGUUGGCGCCUUCCCCAUUGAUAAGAGUUGCUCUCUUCCUGGUACUGGAAAGGAAGACACAUUUACAAAAGGAUGUUUAUUACCUGUACAUAGGAAAAUUUAUGCCCUGCAUUUAUACAAAAAAGGGAGGGCAAAGAGCAAAUUGGUUUCAGCUCAAAACAAUUCUUACAUGAAAGUGGCAUAUUUUGGGGUAGCAUACACUGAUCCCCUUCAAAAGGAAUAAGUUGCUUUUCUCUUAUCAUGGUUAUGAGAGCUACUUUGAAUUAACUUCUGCUUUUUGAAAGUACCUUUAAUUCUCAAAUGUUUCUGCUUUUGAAUGCAGUUUGGGAGAGCCCAUGGUGACUGCGUGAGUGGAGCCCAGCUGUGUGGAUGCCCCAGCAUGGAUGACUACACGGUCCUGAGAAUGAUUGGGGAGGGCUCCUUCGGCAGAGCUCUUUUGGUUCAGCAUGAAAGCAGUAAUCAGAUGUUUGCCAUGAAAGAAAUAAGGCUUCCCAAGUCUUUCUCUAAUACACAGAAUUCUAGAAAGGAAGCUGUUCUUUUAGCCAAAAUGAAACACCCCAAUAUUGUUGCCUUCAAAGAAUCAUUUGAAGCUGAAGGACACUUGUAUAUUGUGAUGGAAUACUGUGAUGGAGGGGAUCUAAUGCAAAAGAUUAAACAGCAAAAAGGAAAGUUAUUUCCUGAAGACAUGAUACUUUAUUGGUUUACCCAAAUGUGCCUUGGAGUAAAUCACAUUCACAAGAAACGUGUGCUACACAGAGAUAUCAAGUCCAAGAAUAUCUUCCUCACUCAAAAUGGAAAAGUGAAAUUGGGAGACUUUGGGUCUGCCCGUCUUCUCUCCAAUCAGAUGGCAUUUGCUUGUACCUAUGUGGGAACACCUUAUUAUGUGCCUCCAGAAAUUUGGGAAAACCUGCCUUAUAACAAUAAAAGUGACAUCUGGUCCUUGGGAUGCAUUCUGUAUGAACUCUGUACCCUUAGGCAUCCAUUUCAGGCAAAUAGUUGGAAAAAUCUUAUCCUCAAAGUGUGUCAAGGGUCCAUCAGUCCACUGCCGUCUCAUUACUCUUACGAACUUCAGUUCCUAGUCAAGCAGAUGUUUAAAAGGAAUCCCUCACAUCGCCCCUCGGCUACAACGCUUCUCUCUCAAGGCAUCAUAGCUCGGCUUGUCCAGAAGUGCUUACCCCCCGAGAUCAUCAUGGAAUAUGGUGAGGAGGUAUUAGAAGAAAUAAAAAAUUUGAAGCAUAAUACACCAAGAAAAAAAACAAACCCCAGCAGAAUCAGGAUAACUUUGGGAAAUGAAGCAAGCACAGUGCAAGAGGAAGAACAAGAUAGAAAGGGUAGCCAUGCUGAUUUGGAAGGCAUUGAUGAAAAUGUAGUUGAAAGUGCACUGAGAAGAGUAAAUAGAGAAGAAAAAGGUAAUGAGUCAGUCCAUCUGAGGAAAGCCAGUUCACCAAAUCUUCACAGACAACAGUGGGAGAAAAAUGUACCCAAUAAAGCUCUUACAGCUUUGGAAAAGGCAUCCAUACUCACCUCCAGUUUAACAGCAGAGGAUGAUAGAGGUGGUUCUGUAAUAAAAUACAGCAAAAAUACUACUCGUAAGCAGUGGCUCAGAGAGACCCCUGACACUUUGUUGAACUUCCUUAAGAAUGCUGAUCUCAGCUUGGCCUUUCAAACGUACACAAUAUAUAGACCAGGUUCAGAAGGGUUCUUGAAAGGCCCCCUGUCUGAAGAAACAGAAGCAUCGGACAGUGUCGACGGAGGUCACGAUUCUGUCAUUUUGGAUCCAGAGCGACUUGAGCCUGGGCUAGAUGAGGAGGACACGGACUUUGAGGAGGAAGAUGACAAUCCCGACUGGGUGUCAGAGCUGAAGAAGCGAGCUGGAUGGCAAGGCCUGUGUGACGGAUAAUGCCUGAGGGAGUGUUCCUGAGUCACACUGAGGAGAGGCUUCACUCAGGAGUUCAUGUUGAGAUGAUCAUGAGUUUGUGCGAUGUAUAUUUUCCUUUGGAAACAGAAUGAAGCAGAGGAAACUCUUAAUACUUAAAAUUGUUCUUGAUUAGUAUCAUGAGUUUGAAAAGUCUGGAACUCCUGUAAGUUUUUGAAUUCGAGAGAGAAGGUGUAGUGGAAUGAGUGUGAGCAUUGGACUUUGCAGUCCCAUAGAACAGAAAUGGGAUGCUAGCCUGCCACUACCUACUUGUGUGAUUGUGGGAAAUUACUUAAUCUCUUCGAGCCCCAAUUUCCUUAACCAUAAAAUGAAGAUAAUAAUGCCUACCUCAGAGGGAUGCUGACCAUAGACCAUUACAGCAGCCCGUAUGUUAUUCACAUGAUUUGUGUUUAUUAUUAUGUGACUCUUUUUACACUUCCUAAAGGCUUGAGAAUUAAAUAUAUUUAAUUAUGAU